UUUAGCGAAACCUGCCGGCAGUUUCAUGAGCCGUCACUACACCGCGUCUGGACGCCACUUGUUUAUGUAAAUUAAAUGAAAACAAACUUUGAAAAUGUAAGACUUAAACACUGGACAAUUCACGCUUACUACUAAGCUAUUUGGAAUAUUUAAUUAAUAGGAACGAGAUGCUGACGAGUCACUAGCACGCUGCUAUUAGCUAUUUGCUAACGUUAGCUUCGUCUGAGAGAACUCCUUUAAUAUUGAUUUACCGCGUUAUUAUCUUAAAGAGGCGUUUGUACUAACAGUAUCAUUACAAUGAAGUGUCACUACGAAGUGUUGGGGGUGAAGAGAGACGCAGGAGACGAUGACUUGAAGAAAGCUUAUCGGAAAUUAGCAUUGAAAUGGCAUCCAGAUAAAAACCUGGACAAUGCUGAAGAGGCUGCCGAGCAGUUUAAGCUGAUUCAGGCAGCAUAUGAUGUCCUGAGUGAUCCACAGGAGAGAGCAUGGUAUGAUAAUCACAGGGAUGCUCUGCUGAAAGGAGGACUGAGUGGAGAUUAUGAAGAUGAUAGCAUCGAUCUACUGCAGUACUUUACAGUCACCUGUUACUCUGGAUAUGGAGACGAUGAGAAGGGCUUUUAUACAGUCUACAGGAAUCUCUUUGAGUCCCUUGUUAAGGAGGAGAUGGAACACGGAAAGGUAGAUGAUGAGGAUGAGGAGGACGAGUUCCCUCCGUUUGGAGAUUCCCAAAGUGACUUUGACACUGUAGUGCACGUGUUUUACGGCUACUGGCAGAGCUUCUGCACCCGUAAAAACUUUGCUUGGAAGGAGGAGUACGACACGAGGCAGGCCUCCAACCGCUGGGAGAAAAGAGCCAUGGAGAAGGAGAACAAGAAAACCAGAGAGAAAGCACGAAAAGAGAGAAACGAGCUUGUGCGACAACUUGUAGCUUUUGUACGCAAGCGUGACAGGCGCGUGCAGGCCCACAGAAAGCUGGUGGAGGAGCAGAACGCUGAGAAGAUCAAAAAGAUGGAAGAGAUGAGGCGGCAGCAGAAGCUAAACCAGGCCAAACUGGCAGAGGAGUAUAAGGAGCAGAGCUGGUCGGCCAUGUCUGAGCUGGAGAAGGAGCUGCAGCAGAUAGAGGCUCAGUAUGGAGAGGAGUUUGGAGACGCAUCAGAGAGCGAGGACGAAGAGAUGGAAGAGACACAGGAGAAGAGUGGUGAAGAGGGAGAUGCAGAGCAGGUAGAUUCAGAGGAACUGAUCGACUAUUAUGAUGAUCUCUACUGCCCGGCCUGUGACAAAUCCUUCAAAUCAGACAAAGCCAUGAAAAAUCACGAGAAAUCCAAAAAGCACAGAGAGAUGGUGGCAUUGCUGCGUCAGCAGCUGGAGGAAGAAGAGGAAUCCCUUGGUUUGAACACAAACGGAAAAGAGGAGGACGAUGAGCAGGAAGAGGAAGAGGAGGAUGAGGAGGAAGACAAGCCAAAGCAGAAGCUCUCCAAAAAACAGAAGAGGAAAAAGAAACAGCAGAAAGUAGUCAACCAGAGUGCUCCUGAGGUGGAGGUGGAAGAAGAGAAACCAACGCUGACCACCACCUGUGAGGAAGAAGCGCCUGAGAAGUCAGCAGAGCCCACAGAUCCUGAAAAGCAGGAUGAAGUCCCUCCAGCAGAGGCCAAAAGCUCUUGGAAGAAGAAGGGGAAGAAGGAAGGAGGAAAAGACAAACCCAAGAAUGUCAAGCCAAACCCAGGAGAAGACCAGAUACCUGAGAAGGAAGUCAUCCUGCGCUGUGUGACCUGUAACAACGAGUUUCCUACAAGAAACAAGCUGUUCGACCACCUGAAGACGACCGGCCACGCCACCGCUCUGUCCUCAAACGCUACUCACAGCUCCAUGAGCAAGAGCAAAAAAGACAAGAAGAAGAACAGAUAGCAGCAGUGAGGUCUGGACUCUGUUGGACACAGGAAGCAUUACCCCCCAGAGGAAGACUUUCAGUGGACUUUAUUGACUGAGAGAUGAUUUUACAGUUUUGAAUCUUCAGAUUGGAAUAACAGGAACUAUGUGAGCAGUUUUACAAACCUAGCCCUGUAACUUAUGCAAAGAUCCACACUGAUAAACCAGCCAUGAUGUGUGAAUGAUUCCCCUCCAAUCCCUUUUGUCAGAUCCUCCACUGUUUUACUGGAUUCAAAAAUAAAAGUGAUACUGCAUGUUGCUAUUUAUAAAA